GCCCCCCCACCCACCACCCGAACCUCCGCGGAGAGAGAGAGUCGCCGACUGUUGGUACACAGUUCAUAUCAUCCCGUAUACACACACACAUACACGCAGACAUACACACGACUCAGCAAAGAACACGCCGGAAUAUACACCUAAGCGAAACGAUCGUAUGUCGAGGCCACGAAUGACCCAUAUCUACCACCCUACCUCCACGUCGACGUGGAGAGUGAGGGAUACCUGCACGGACGCAUCGCAUCGUAUCGAUUCGAAUCAGAUAGGAUACGGUUGGUGGGUGGUGCUGGUGGUGGUGCUGCUGGUGGUGACGAUAACGACACUGAACGGCGACUCGAUGAGCGAUUUGAGUCCGGGGAUCUACGGCGAACGGUGUUGGGUUCUUGUCGACUUCCUUUGGGGGGAGGGGGGGCUGGGCUGGCAGGAAAAGCGACGAGAGUUUGAGGCGGACGAGAUGCUCAGGUGUCAUGAGUCGCUCGCUGCAUCUGCAGCAGCUCGAAGGGUCGGUAAGUGGCUUCUUUUCUUCUUCUUCUUCUUCUUAUGUGCUGCCGCGAGCCUGUUGUCAUCCAUCGAUUUGACAGGUUGACUGCUGACUAGGUGCUUGCUGACGCUGCGGUCAUCAUCCUCACAUACUCACGAGAACUGGCGGAUUUGCGGUGGCAUGUAGUUUUGCCGGCUAUCAU